GCAGCUGCUGUUCUGUCCGCAUAUUGUUGUUGUUAUAUAUAGUGAUCUAUGUCUUCAAUGGCUGAUCAUGAUUUGAUUCUUGGCCAAAGUCAUAAUUUAGCCCUUGGCCAUGACCAACAAUUGGUGCUGAGCCAUAAUCAUAGUUUGGGCCUCAGCCAGAACCAUGAUUUGGAAUUGGGACAGGCUGAUGAUCAUCAUUUGGGUUUGGGACAAACCCAUGAUCAUGAACUGGGCUUAGGACAUGCUCAUGACCAUGAAUUGGGUUUAGGACAGAACCACGAUAAUGAAGGAGAUGAUGUUCACACGUAUGGGCAUGAGAAUGAGUUAGCCAUUGAUCAAAAACCUGAACAUGAUGACCAUGAGAUGCCCCUUCCUACACAAAAUCAUGAGUUGGCCAUAUCAGAAAACAAUGAUUUGACUGUUUCUGAAAAUCAGGAACUUGAGGAGAGCAUGGCCCUGACUGUGGUCCAAAACCCGGAAAUGGGUAUGGAUUCUGCUGACGAUAUGGGUGUCCAUGAAUCCCACCAUAUGGUUACUUCCACUCCCCCUGUAAUUCAGGCUCGUACAUUGGCUAUAAAUCCUAAUUAUGAAUUGUCAGUGGGACAAGAAUUCCCUGAUGUAAAGAGUUGCCGGAGGGCAUUGAGGGAUACAGCAAUCGCCCUGCACUUUGAGAUGCAGACUAUAAAAUCUGACAAGACCAGAUUUACUGCUAAAUGUGCAAGUGAAGGAUGUCCCUGGCGCAUUCAUGCAGCAAAGCUCCCUGGGGUUCCAACUUUUACUAUUAGGACAAUCCACGAGAAUCAUUCAUGUGGAGGAAUUUCUCAUCUUGGUCAUCAACAGGCAUCGGUUCAAUGGGUUGCUAGCUCUGUGGAGCAAAGGUUGAGGGAGAACCCUAAUUACAAGCCAAAGGAGAUAUUGGAAGAGAUUCAUAGGGUUCAUGGUAUCACAUUAUCAUACAAGCAAGCAUGGAGAGGUAAGGAACGUAUCAUGGCUGCAAUGCGAGGAUCUUUUGAAGAGGGAUACCGCUUGCUUCCGCAAUACUGUGAACAGUUGAAGCGCACAAACCCAGGUAGUAUUGCAUCUGUUUAUGGAAAUCCAACUGAUAAUUGCUUCCAACGCCUCUUCAUAUCCUUUCAAGCAUCAAUAUAUGGCUUUUUAAAUGCUUGUCGGCCACUUUUGGGGCUUGAUAGAAUGUACUUAAAGAGCAAGUAUCUUGGUACUUUACUUCUUGCUACUGGAUUUGAUGGUGAUGGGGCUCUCUUUCCUUUGGCAUUUGGUGUUGUUGAUGAGGAGAAUGAUGACAAUUGGAUGUGGUUUCUGUCUGAACUUCAUAACUUGCUUGAGAUUAACACUGAAAACAUGCCAAGGCUUACAAUUUUGUCUGACAGGCAGAAGGGAAUAGUAGACGGUGUGGAAGCAAAUUUUCCUACUGCUUUCCAUGGAUUUUGUAUGCGACACUUGAGUGACAGCUUUCGCAAGGAGUUCAAUAACACGAUGCUUGUUAAUCUUCUAUGGGAAGCAGCUCAAGUUCUUACUGUAAUUGAAUUUGAAGCAAAAGUUUUAGAGAUUGAAGAGAUAUCACAAGAUGCUGCAUAUUGGAUUCGGAGAAUUCCACCUCGUUUGUGGGCUACUGCAUAUUUUGAGGGGCAAAGGUUUGGUCAUUUGACCGCAAACAUAGUAGAAUCUUUAAAUACAUGGAUAUUAGAUGCAUCUGGACUUCCUAUAAUUCAAAUGAUGGAAUGCAUUAGAAGGCAGCUAAUGACUUGGUUUAAUGAGCGCCGAGAGACAAGUAUGCAGUGGACACCGAUACUUGUACCUUCUGCAGAGAGGCACGUUGCAGAGGCUCUUGAACGUGCACGGACAUAUCAGGUACUUCGUGCUAAUGAAGCUGAAUUUGAAGUUAUAUCUCAUGAGGGAACGAAUAUAGUUGAUAUUAGGAACCGUUGCUGUCUUUGUCGUGGCUGGCAGUUGUAUGGUUUGCCUUGUGCACAUGCUGUGGCUGCACUUCUCUCUUGCAGGCAGAAUGUGCAUAGAUUCACAGAAAGUUGUUUCACUGUUGCAACUUAUAGGAAGACAUACUCACAGACCAUACAUCCAAUUCCAGAUAAGUCUCUUUGGAAGGAGUUGUCUGAGGGGGAUGUCAAUGCUUCAAAAGCUGAUCAAGUUACUAUCAACCCUCCUAAAUCUCUCAGGCCACCUGGACGACCUCGAAAGAAACGGGUUCGUGCAGAAGACCGAGGGCGUGUAAAACGGGUCGUUCAUUGUAGUCGUUGCAAUCAAACAGGUCACUUUAGAACCACAUGUGCAGCUCCCAUCUAAGUCUCAAUGUUACCUCUUUAUCAUUAUUUAUUUAGGUUUCCUAGCUUAGACAGUUAACCAAAUCAUGUAUUUAUUUUCCUUAACAUUAAUGUGAAUUAAAUUGUU